GAGAUUGUUUUAGUUUUAGUUUUUCUUCCACUUGAUUCUUUUGUGUGUUCGCGUUCUUCUGGCCUGGCCUGGCCUGCCAUUGCCAUUGUUUCGGUGUCGGUGUCUGUCUCUGUUUCGGUUUCUGUUGAAUUCCGUAUCGCAUUGUAUCGUAUCGUACGCUGAGCGAGAAAUCAGUUUGACGUUUUGCUUUGACAGGCAACCGUCGUCGAUCGGGGAUCGUUGAUCGUGGAUCGUUGAUCGUGGAUCGUUGAUCGCGAAUCGCGGAUCGCGGCUGAAUCUCGUGAAUCUUGGGCGUUCUUUUCUCGCCGGUCGUCCGGUCGCUGAAAGAGAAUUUUGCACUGGCCGUAAGCGAUACGGCGAUAUAGCCCCCACAUCCACACCCGCACCCACACCCGCAUCCGCAUCCGAAACCACCCAAGUUGCACCACCACCCGCCGCUGACCAGCGGCGCACCCGAAAAUUUAGUUAUCUCCGUGGCCGCAAUAAUCGACAAUCAUAUUCCCCGAUUUGUGAUCAAUAUGUGUGUGUAUAUCGGGUCGGGUCGGGGGUGCGUGUGUAUUGUUCAGAUUGAGUGUUGGCAGCAGCGGCGGCCGUAAAUGUGAGCCAAUUGUAUCUCUCAGAUACGUUGGCGGUGUGUUAUCGCCGCUACUGCUCCUACUGCUACUACUGUCGUGCCCGCGCUAUUGUUAUUAUUUUUAAUGCAUAGAAUUUGAGUUUUGCAAUUUACAAUUCGGUGUGUAUAAUAUAUGUAUAUAGUCGAUAUUAUAGAGUCCGGAGCAGGUCGGAUCGGGUCGAAUCGGGGUCGGACGUACAUAUUUUGCCAUAUCUUGUGCGUCAACAACAACAGCAACAACACAUCCGUUCUAUGAACGUGACCCCCGCGCAUUAAAAUAAAUUCUAAUUUGUUGAAGAAAGAGCAGCGAAAAUGUUUUGUUAUUGUUAUUGCCGUUGCUAUUGCAAAGAAGUGCUGCUCGCACAGUGUGUGUGUUCCGUGGGGCAAUAUUUAUUAUGAGUGCGUGUGUCUACCCAUUGUGUUCAUGUGUAUUUGUUUAAUUUAUAUCUAGAGUCUGAUAUAAAUAUUAAAAUAAAAAGAAAUACCUAUACCCGUACAUACCUACAUACAUACAUGUGUGCAUAAAAUAUCACAAGCAACAGGCAGCGAAAGCAACAACUACCAGCUAAACGACAAAUUUUUUGUUUUGUGGAUCAUGUGACCAGUAUCUUCGCUGGCCAUCAGUCAAUCAGUCAACAGACCGCAGCCCAAAAAUGUUUCAAUUAUGUUAUCGCCAGCAACAACGACAUCGUCCAGAAUCGAAACCAUCGAACCAGAGCAGCAGCAACCGCAAAAACAAGAAGGCAGCAGCACUGCCAAGGCCAAAAGCGUCGGUGGAGCGAGCGUAAGCUGUGCACUUGCAAUCCCCGGGAUCUCUGAAAUCCAGGGAAUCCAAGGAAUCCCAAGAAUCCCAAGAAUCCGUAGACCAAAGUCACAAUCGGAAACGAAACUAAAACCAAAAUCACAAGGCAACCAAGAGCAAUUUAGCAUAGCAACCGCAACGGAAGCAGCAGCCAGGCCAAAAUCAGAAGCAGGACUUCGCCAUGGGCUGUUCGCCAAGCACUCUGCCCGCCCCCUCCGCCACCGCUGGCCAGACCGACGGUCCAGGAUCCCUUCCCCUGGACGCCAGUGAAAAGGACGGCAGCCGGCUGUUCUGCAUCAAACUGAGGCGCAGUCGCCUGCGCCGCUGCAGCUGCGGGGGCGUGACCCUGCAGCCCCCCAGCGACGGCAACGGGAGCUCAACGGGCGACAACCUGUGCGGCCAGGUGCUCCUCAAUCCGCUGCAGACCAAAAGCGAGGCCGACUACGAAAAGCUGAGCACCGGCAAAAAGGACUCGAUUGUGACGGUAGCCGCGUUGGGCAACUUCACACACAGCGUGGUUCGACGGGCCACUGGCAGCACAGGCACAUCGGGCACCAGCUCAUCCGGCGGCGGGAACAGCCGUCCAGGUCACCGCAAGUCAUCGCUCGCCCUCGCCCUCACCCCGGAAGAUGAGCCGAUGGACGUCUACCAGCGAAAUCUCAUGGACCUGAAGUAUCCAACCGUGCUCCCACCGAAUCCUCCACUUAAGGCCCUUUUGGUUUUCCACAAAUCGGACAGCAUCUGCGAGGCGAUCACUGCGGCCUGCCAGCGCCACCAGCUGGACGUCACGCUGGUCAAGUCGAAGGAGGAGGCUCUGGACACCCUGCAGAAGUCGUACGCCACCGCCCAGUGCUACCACCUAAUCAUAAUUGAUGCGCGCUCCACUAAAAACCUGGAUGCGGAGCACAUUGCGAGAACCAUACGUCACACACACGGCCACCAUUUAACGACAAUAAUUGCAGUCUGCAAAAAGAGUUUCUUUGAGAAGGAUGAUGUGCUAAUUGCUCUAUUGGACGCUGGCGUUAAUAGAUGCGUAGCGGAGACGACCAACCUGGCCAUGUGCAGUGUGGAACUGAAGCAGAUACUGCACUCCAUCAUCCGGCCGCACAAUGUCAUGUCCACUCAACAGGCCCUCUAUACGGCACUGCAUCGGCUAAAGGAGGUGGUGCUCAUCACGGACGACUUGCUGCGGAUCCAGUAUGCGAACCGUGCCACCGAGAGGCUGCUCAACAUGCGGCUGGACGAGAUCAUUAGCAAGCAGCUGGAGGACAUAUUCGUGUCGGACCUGUCCACCAUCAGUGAGCAGUGCAAGAACAUCAAGGAGUUCGACGGCAUCCUCACAGUGCGCCGCAAGAGUCAGGAGGGCAUACCGAUGCACGUGCGCGUUGUCCCGGUGGCCUGCAUUGGCAGCGCACCCACGCAUUUGAUUUUCAACUUUGAUGUGCCCGGCGGACAGAUGGAUUUCAUUGCCACACUGCCGCAGCCCAAAGAGGCGCCCAGGGGAUCACUGCACUCGGUGCGGCGCUGCAGCUUUGAUGUACGCUCCAUCGCAUCGGACGGAUUGCGAAGGACCAGUUUGGCCAAGCUGACGUCACUGCCGCUGGAGGCCCCCAUCACUAAAAUAAUCAAUUUACUAUCACAAGUACAGGAGAAUUGUUCGGCCGAUGAGGCGCGUCUCAUAGACAAGGUCUUGGAGUUCCUGAAGCGCGAAGGACUCUACAGUCCGCAAAUGAAGGAGAUACGAACGGAUGAUCCCAUAGCCACCGAUCUAAUUGGUGCUCUGCUAACGGGACCCAGCGUGUACUCGUCGCGCCGCAGCUCGAAUGACUCUAUCAUACGCACUGGCAGCUCCACAAGAACUGCCACGAUUGUGCCCGCCAAAAUGAAGUCCAAUCCCAUCAUCAUGGAACUACUUGACGAAUCUCUCAGCUGGGACUUUGAUAUUUUCAAAUUGGAGGAGAUCACCGACUACCAUCCGCUGCUCUAUUUGGGCAUGGAGAUGUUCCGCCGCUUCGACGUCUUUGCCACAUUGAACAUCGAUGAGAACGUCUGCAAGGCCUGGUUGGCCGUAAUUGAGGCCCACUACCGCAAGAGCAACACAUAUCACAACAGCACCCAUGCCGCAGAUGUCAUGCAGGCCACUGGCGCUUUCAUCACCCAACUGACCAACAAGGACAUGCUGGUGAUGGACCGCAUGGAGGAGGCGACUGCUUUGAUUGCGGCAGCUGCCCACGAUGUCGAUCAUCCGGGUCGCUCAUCCGCCUUUUUGUGCAACUCGAACGACGCUCUGGCCGUAUUGUACAAUGAUCUAACAGUUUUGGAGAACCACCAUGCGGCAAUUACCUUUAAGCUAACUCUGGGCGACGAUAAGAUCAACAUAUUCAAAAACCUGGACAAGGAGACGUACAAGUCGGCGCGCAGCACCAUCAUCGACAUGAUCCUGGCCACCGAGAUGACCAGGCACUUUGAGCACCUGGCCAAGUUCGUGAGCGUCUUUGGCGGCGAGGAGCCCCGUGAGCAUAACUCCCAGACGGAUGAGGAGACGUCGAUACUCAUGCGCCGCAUGCUGAUCAAGGUGGCCGAUGUGAGCAAUCCAGCCCGUCCCAUGCAGUUCUGCAUCGAGUGGGCCCGUCGCAUUGCCGAGGAAUACUUCAUGCAGACGGACGAGGAGAAGCAGCGUCACCUACCGAUCGUGAUGCCGAUGUUUGAUCGAGCUACCUGCAGCAUACCAAAGAGCCAGAUCGGCUUCAUCGAAUACAUCAUACAGGACAUGAUGCACGCCUGGGAGAGCUUCAUCGACAUGCCGCAGCUGAUCACCUAUAUGCAGAUCAACUACUCGCAGUGGAAGAAGUACGACGAGCAGGGCGUCAACACCUUGGCGGAGAUCAUGGCCAAGCAGCCGCCAGUGGGCAAGAUGGCCAACUCCAAAUAGCAUACGGCCUUCCGGAGAUUGUUCUCGGGUCUAUUGAAGCCACUGCCGGCUCAGGCACCGGGCACCUCCACGAUUGGCGAGAACGAGAUGGAGGACGUGCUCUAGUGACGGCGUCGAAGGUCCUGUGACGUCUGACUCCGGACCCGUAGUCUCUCGGCCUGAUCCUCUCAAUGAAGUCGAAGCUCAACCCUACCGGCUUAAGAGCCACCAUCACCCGCUCCCCGGGUUGCCCACCAAAAAAAAAAAAACAAAAAAAACACGCAUAUCUCUCAACGGACCAACGGCCGGGGGGGCGGUACGGAUUGUGGGCGGCUCAACGAAAAGGUGCCAAGCGGUGUCACAAAAGCGGUAUCAUACAAAGCAAACUAACUAAGGCAAACAAGUAAACAAUUAUUGGGCUGGACUCAAAAUUAAAUGUUUAAGAUGCAUCACAAGAAGCGAACUUUCUAUUUCUAUAUAAAUAUACCAUGUGAGUCUGUGUGUGCGUGAGUGUGUAUGUCCCCUCCAUCCUCCCCCCCCCAUAUAAAUGUGUGUUUAGGCUAUCGAAAGCAGACUAGCGGGCUAGCAAACUAGCAAACUAGCAAUCUAGCAAGAAAUCCCACAGCAUAUUGACCAGAAUAUACAUGGCGUGCGCUCAACUGUACCUGGCAACGGUAUAACGUAUAACAGUAUAACGGUUUUGGUAACGGUAUAGCCGUGCUACCAAACCAAGUGUUACAAGCAUGAAGUUCUCUCCCAUCAUGAAGACAAUCUAUGUUGAAUACUGCAAAAGCCAAGUAAAUAUACAUAGUUUAAUUGCUGUCCAAGUCAGAAUCGUUAGUCGUGAAUGGAAUUGAAAACGGAUUUGGAUUUGGAUUUGGAUUCGGAACAAAUACAAGGACAAAAGCUGGACGAAGACUAUAUACAUACACAAGCAUGCGAGAUCGUGGCAAGCACUAUAUAUAUUACAUACUAUCACUAUCGACUAGCUAACAACUACAACAAGUAAAACUGAAACAAACUAAUUCGAAUCCACUCUUGAGACAUAUGAAAUCCUAUGGGGCCCCUUUUACUACCUAAUUAACUAGUUACCUAUUUUUCCUAACUGAAGAAAAACGAAAAAUGAUGAGCUAUCCUAACUAAUACUAUUAAUGUUGUUUAGCUUUCUAAGCAUACGGUAUGAGAAAUCAAACUAAACGCAAAUGUUUAACAAUUAAGUGAAAUCCUUUUUGAAAUCUUUUUAUCUAAUUGACUGAACAAAUUACAUAUACAUAUAUAAACCAGAUCUAUUAAUACGAAUUGAUAAUACGUUCUUGUUAUAACUUAAAAACAAAACAAAAAAAAAAACCAAAAUGAAAUUGAAAAGCAAAAUAAUAUAUACAAUAUACAUAUAUACAAUUUAUACAACUUUUACGAAGCAUAUUAUAUAUUUAUAUAUGUCAUACGAUAUCGGCAUUCAUUCACAGAGUUACAGUAAUUUGUAUGUGUUAUCAAGGUGUUAAAUCCCGUGCUUCAAAAUGUUUUGAUAGAAAUUAUAUACACGUAUACAAGACCCUUGAUUGACCUCCUGAACUGUGUAGCAAAGUCCCUUGGUCUAGGAAGUCCCUAUCCGCUAAAGGGUCGACCUUUGACCCAUCCCAUACGCCCAAACCGACCAACCGCAACCACACAAUCCACCCACCAACCCACACUUUCCGUUCCCACACUUCGUGUCACUACUGAUCACAUUGAAACAGAACAAAAUAAACAAUGCGAUAGGAGAAUAUAAAUGUAUAUGCAUAUUCAAUGUUGUUAAUAUGUGUGUGUUUCAAUUGUAUGUAUUGGAUUAAAUCGCGUAAACUACAAACAAGCAGAAAUGGAAUAAUGAAAAACAAAAAACAAAAAACGCAAGCAAUGCGGGAAAUAAUCGCAUAGACAUAAUAAAGUGAAAUGCAAAAACAAUUUACAUGUUAUGAAGAAUAUAUGUAUACAUAAAAUAUAUAUAUAUAUAUAUAUAUAUAUAGAUACGGUACUACUAUAUGUUUCUGAAAACAAAAAUGAUAAAUCUUUACAUACGACUAUGUAUAUUUGUUACUACAUCUGUUUGCUCCUUGCAGGUUAAGGAUUAUAAAUGUUAAGAUUUAGUCAAAUUUAUUGUAAAAAAAAAAACCAAACACAAUAAAAAAACCACAAACAAGAAACAAAA